AUGACAGCACGUCCGCUGGUCACCGUGUACAGUGAGAAGAACGAGACCACCGAUGUGCAGGUGAAGUUGCCGGCAGUUUUUCGCGCACCACUGCGUCCGGACAUCGUCAGCUUUGUGCACGAUCAGAUGAGGAAGAACAAGCGCCAGCCGUAUGCCGUAUCCACCGAAGCUGGACAUCAAACGUCGGCGGAAUCGUGGGGUACGGGACGCGCAGUGGCGAGAAUACCGCGUGUACGCGGUGGCGGCACUCAUCGCUCCGGUCAAGGUGCUUUCGGAAAUAUGUGCCGAGGUGGACCGAUCGCUGCAUCCGGGGUCCCGGCGCUUGUGCAGGCUCGUGGCCAUAUAAUUGACCAGAUGCCGGAGAUUCCAUUCGUUGUUGUUGACAAAAUUGAAGGAUUCAAGAAGACCAAGGAGGCUGUUUCGUUUCUGCGCCGCUCUCAUGUCUGGGCCGACAUCGAAAAGGUUUACAACUCGAAGCGUAAUCGCGCCGGCAAAGGAAAAGGACGUAACCGUCGGCAUAAAGCCAAGCUGGGCCCACUUGUGGUUUACAACCAGGACAAUGGUGUUGUGAAGGCCUUCCGGAACAUACCGGGCAUUCAUCUGCUCUGUGUGGACCGUCUAAAUCUGCUGAAGGUUGCGCCCGGUGGCCAUCUUGGCCGGCUGAUCAUCUGGACGGAAUCGGCUUUCCGCAAACUGGACCACAUCUACGGGACGGAGACACGCAAGGCUGCAGCGAAGGCGAACUUCUCACUGCCAAAAGCGAAAAUGACAAAUGCGGACUUCGCACGCCUGAUUCGUUCCGAAGAGAUUGUGCGCGCCGUGCGACCACGAAGGAAGACUGUCAAAGUGGCCAAAAUACAUCGUAACCCACUGAAGAAGACGGCCCUUAUGGUGAAGCUGAAUCCGUACGCCGCGGUCCUCAAGAGAGCUGCUGUUUUGGCGAAUCGCAAACGUCUGGGCACUGAUCAUCCGAUGGAAGAGAAGAUCCGUGACUUACGUAAGAAGAGGAAAAUUGAGAAGAAAGAGGCCACCGAAAAGAAAGUGCCAGAUGACAAGAAAGUUCCGGCUGAAAAAAAGGCACCGGCUGCGAAGAAGGCUCCGGCUGCGAAGAAGGGGCCGGCUGAGAAGAAGGCUCCGGCUGAGAAAAAGGCUUCGGCUGAGAAAAAGGCUUCGGCUGAAAAGAAAGCGCCGGCUGAGAAGAAAGGAGCUGAAAAGUAA